UUUUCUCUCUCAAAAUCUCAGGUUACUUUGCUAAGAGUUCUCAGAGCUACAGUUUCUGUCCUUGUCUCUCCCUCCAGCUCCUUAAGAGACACCCAGCCCCAGCGAUUGGAUUGGGCAGCCCGUCUUGACACACCACUGUGCUGAGUGCCUGAGGACGUGUUUCAACAGAUGGUUGGGGUUAGUGUGUGUCAUCACAUUCGAGUGGGGAUUAGGGAAAGGAGGCUGCCUUGCUGGAGCUGUGUGGUCUUCUGCAAGUGUGAGUUGCCAGCAAAAGAAGAGCUAUUUAGCUUUUUGGGAGAAGAGGGAGGAUUCAUUUUCAGCAGCUAAAAGAAAAGCAGUUUGUUCAGAUCUUCCAUACAGUACCUCUCACACACCUGUGGUGCCCAUGAAUGAUUGGUUUCUGUUACUUGUGAAAGAAAUCUAACACUGUCCUCACCAUAUACAGGUCUUGAAUAUAAUAAACACACUGGAGAAGACAUACAAACUUCUGUCAAUGCUGUGAGAAUUAACCAAACCUCAUUAGCAGCAGAAAAUCUUCAAAGGUCUCCUCCUACAGAUGUUCUGAACAGCUCUGCAUCAUAGAAAUUCAUUACUAUACGCAGAUCUUGAAAACGAAGGAACAGAAACUUUGGGCAAUUAUUUAGCUUGUGAUAUUGAAACAAUAAUGAAGUAUUACUGCUUUGCACUCCUUCUGACGGUUCUCAGUGCUGAAUUGCUAAGAAGCCGCUGCACUACUGUCAAAUCCCCAAGGUUCAGAGGACGUGUGCAGCAGGAGCGAAAAAAUAUUAGACCCAACAUUAUUCUUGUACUUACAGAUGACCAAGAUGUGGAGCUCGGGUCCUUGCAAGUAAUGAAUAAGACGAGAAGGAUCAUGGAGAAUGGAGGUGCUACUUUCGUCAAUGCCUUUGUGACUACACCAAUGUGCUGCCCAUCUCGGUCCUCCAUGCUGACGGGGAAAUAUGUUCACAACCACAACAUAUAUACAAACAACGAAAACUGCUCUUCUCCUUCCUGGCAAGCAACACAUGAACCACGGACCUUUGCAGUGUAUCUCAACAACACUGGUUAUCGGACAGCUUUUUUUGGGAAAUACCUCAAUGAAUACAAUGGCAGCUACAUCCCUCCUGGGUGGAGAGAAUGGGUUGGAUUAAUCAAGAACUCUCGCUUUUAUAAUUAUACAGUUUGUCGCAAUGGCAACAAAGAGAAACAUGGAUUUGAGUAUGAAAAGGACUACUUCACAGACUUAAUCACUAAUGAGAGCAUUAAUUACUUCAAAAUGUCUAAGAGAAUGUAUCCCCAUAGGCCCAUAAUGAUGGUUAUCAGCCAUGCUGCACCUCAUGGCCCUGAGGAUUCUGCACCACAGUUUUCAGAGCUUUAUCCAAAUGCUUCACAGCACAUAACACCAAGCUAUAACUAUGCACCAAACAUGGAUAAACACUGGAUCAUGCAAUACACUGGGCCUAUGCUGCCUAUCCACAUGGAAUUUACAAAUGUCUUACAGCGCAAAAGGCUUCAGACAUUGAUGUCAGUUGAUGACUCCAUGGAAAGGUUGUACCAUAUGCUUGUGGACACGGGAGAACUGGAGAACACCUACGUCAUUUACACUGCUGACCAUGGUUACCAUAUUGGGCAGUUUGGACUGGUCAAGGGAAAGUCAAUGCCAUAUGACUUUGAUAUUCGAGUUCCUUUCUUUAUUCGUGGGCCAAGUAUAGAGCCGGGAUCAGUAGUGCCUCAGAUCGUGCUGAAUAUUGACCUUGCUCCAACUGUUCUGGAUAUUGCAGGCCUUGACGCGCCUCCAGAUAUGGAUGGCAAGUCUGUCCUAAAACUUCUGGACCUCGAAAAGCCAGGAAACAGGUUUCGGACAAACAAGAAGGCCAAGAUUUGGCGUGACACAUUUCUGGUGGAAAGAGGCAAAUUUCUGCGCAAGAAGGAGGAAUCCAGCAAAAAUGCCCAACAGUCUAACCAUUUACCAAAAUAUGAAAGAGUAAAGGAAUUAUGCCAGCAAGCGAGGUAUCAGACGGCUUGUGAGCAACCAGGGCAGAAGUGGCAGUGCAUUGAGGAUUCUUCUGGAAAGCUUCGCAUUCACAAGUGUAAGGGAUCUAGUGACAUGCUCACCAUCAGAAAGAGAACACGAAGCAUACACGCCCAGGCGUACAGCAGUAAAGACAAAGAAUGCAACUGUGCAGAUGCUGACUACCGAACCAGCAGGACCCAGAGAAAAAAUCAAAGACAAUUCCCAAGGAACCCCAGUGUCCAAAAAUACAAACCCCGAUUUGUUCACACUCGCCAAACUCGGUCCUUGUCUGUGGAAUUUGAAGGUGAAAUAUUUGACAUAAACCUGGAGGAGGAAGAACUACAGGUGUUACAGUCCAAAAGUAUUAGUAAGCGUCAUGACACUGAAAAUGAGGAUUCAGAAGAUAGUGAUGAUGGUGGUGGUGCUGUGGAAGAGGAAAUGAUAGCUGAUGGCACCAAUGCUGUUGGCCAAUCUGAUUCUGUCAGAGUGACACACAAGUGUUUUAUUCUUCCAAAUGAUACCAUUCACUGUGAGAGGGAACUAUACCAAUCACCGAGAGCCUGGAAGGACCACAAGACCUACAUUGAUAAGGAGAUUGAAGCUCUCCAAGAUAAAAUUAAGAAUUUAAGGGAAGUGAGAGGACACCUAAAAAGAAGAAAACCUGAUGAAUGUGAUUGUAGCAAACAAAGCUAUUACAACAAAGAAAAAGGUGUGAAGGCCCGAGAGAAACUGAAAAGCCACCUUCAUCCAUUCAAAGAAGCAGCGCAGGAGGUGGAUAGCAAACUUCAGCUAUUCAAAGAGAACCGCAGGAGAAAGAAGGAGAGAAAAGGAAAGAGGCGCCAGAAGAAAGGAGAUGAAUGCAGCCUUCCUGGACUCACAUGUUUUACCCACGAUAAUAACCACUGGCAGACAGCACCCUUCUGGAACUUGGGGUCUUUCUGUGCUUGCACAAGUUCAAAUAACAACACCUACUGGUGUUUGCGAACAAUUAAUGAGACACACAAUUUUCUCUUCUGUGAGUUUGCAACUGGAUUCUUGGAAUAUUUUGAUAUGAACACUGAUCCUUAUCAGCUGACAAACACAGUACACACCGUGGAAAGAGGCAUUUUGAAUCAAUUACAUAUACAGCUAAUGGAACUGAGAAGUUGUCAAGGUUACAAGCAGUGCAAUCCACGACCCAAGGGACUUGAAACAGAGGACAACUAUGGGAUGGAUGGGAAGGCUAACCUGCCAAAUUUCACAGAGGACGUCAACUGGCAAGGACUGGAAGAUUUAUACAGUGUGAAUGAAAGUUUGUACGAAUACAGAUACAACUAUAGACUUAGUCUGGAUGACUGGACUAAUUACUUGAAGGAUCUAGAUAGAAUGUUUGCACUGCUGACCAGUUACUAUGAGCAAAAUAAAACAGACAAAACUAAAACUGCUCAGAACAAUGGGUACUUAGAUGAAUCACAUAUUCCAUUAACCUGGGGGGAACUGACCUCUGCCGAGUCAGACGAAGACUCAAGUGGUCUGAUUGCAGAAGAGUUUCAGCCUGUCGUGCCAACUGAUUUGGCAGCCCUAGCUUUGAGCACUGUAAUUUUAAGUCAAGUGAGGAAACUUGAAUUAAAUAAUGAUAUUCCUGAGAAAAGUAGUUUGAAUUCUGCACACUGGAGAAAUCAUCAAGCUGAAAAAUGGUUGGAGGAUAAAGAGUUAGGCAGUUUUGAAAUGGAUUUAAGUGGAAACGGUUUGACAGAGCUGGAGUCCAGGCAUAGCUUCAUUCUACAGUCAGUUAGCAUUCUUCAGAAAGACUCUCACCAGGAUGGUGACCCAGUAGAGGAAAUUUUUGAAGAUCAGCUAUACCUUCCUGUGAGUUCUGAUGAACCCACUGUUCAUCAAGCUGUAAAUGUCUCCAUCAGGGAUCUAUCUAUCAGGUCUCAGAAAAUGGAGACUGUGUGGGAAAAGAUGGAACAUAACUUUGAAGGAGAGUCUUCACAAAUACUCAAUGUAGAAGGCAGUGCCUCAUCUCCACUCUCCUUGGAUUAGAUCAAAUUGCAAACUAUAUAUGAGUCCCUUUAUUUUUGAUCAGUAGACUAGUAAUGGUAAUCACGACAAAUGACAUUCCAUGUUUAUUGCAGAUACAUUUUGCAGCUGAAAUGAACACACACACACACACACACACACACACACACACUAUUUCACACCAGUUUUCCAUAACUGAGAAACUAGGUUCCGGCAGUAUUAAAAAAGAAACAGUGUUAACUUGAUAGUGCAGUGAUGCACACAUUUCCUAGACUUGUAAUGAUUUCCUUAACUAAGAGCAUUGAAUUGCUUUUUUGUUUCUAAAAGGUCCUACAUAAAUGAAUGUCACAGUCCCACCCAUGCGAUCGGCAUAAUGUAUUUUUGAUAAAUUAUUUUUAACCACUGGAAUUUCUUGUCACGCUUUUGAGUAAAUGAUAUUGCACUUUUGUAAUCUGUCUGCCAGACCAUUUAUUAAGAUGAUCUUUUAUAUGUUCUUGGUUUCCUAAUUCUUAGACGCAAUUGUGAAAUAAUAAAAUGAGUUGACAGGAAAGAGAUAUUCAGCAUGGAUAUUCAGCAUGGACCAAGACAAAUUGGUCAAAUAAUAUUUUAGCAGCAUAUUGCAUGUUUCGUUGCCUUGAAUUUCUUAAAUUUAUUUUGCUUACUGGAUGAGGAUUUUUUUUAAUUGGCUUAUUUCCUC